GACUUUGAAAAAGAAUUCACAUUGGUAUUUCCCUGCUUUCUAAGGCUUCGCCACCCUUUUCAUAAGUCAUCUCAGACAUCUUUUGACCCGAGGUAAACCUGUUACCAACAAAUCACCAGACCCCGUCCCUCUGGGUUCCGAUUCCCCCCGAGGCAUCCCACCACGUCCACCUUACAAGUUGAUGGAUUUGCGGAAGUUCUCGCCGGCAUACACGGCGUUCUCGCCAAGCUCCUCCUCGAUGCGGAGAAUCUGGUUAAGCUUGGCCAGGCGCUCCGAUCUGCAGGGAGCGCCGGUCUUGAUCUCGCCGGAGCGGAUACCGACGGCAAUGUCGGCGAUGGUGACAUCCUCGGUCUCACCAGAGCGGUGAGAAACCAUGACGCCCCAGCCAUCGGCAUAGGAGUCCUUGGCGGCCUGGAUGGACUCGGUAAGGGUACCGAUCUGGUUGACCUUGAGGAGAAGGGCGUUGGAAGCCUUGAGCUCAAUGGCCUUCUUGAUGCGGAGAGGGUUGGUGACGGUCAAGUCGUCAGCAACGAUCUGGAUGGACUCGCCCUGGGUCUUGUAGAAGUAGCUCCAGGCCUCCCAGUCAUCCUCAGCGAAGGGGUCCUCGAUGGAGACGAUGGGGUACUUCUUGCAGAGGUCGGAGUAGAGGGCAGCCAACUCCUCGUAGGUGAGCCACUUGGAGGGGUCGCUCUCGGGGUUCUUGAAGUCGAGAUCGUACUUCUUGGCGUCCUCCUUGUAGAACUCGCUGGAGGCGACAUCCAUGGCGAUCUUGAUCUGGCCAGUGUAGCCAGCGGCCUCAAUGGCCUCGGUGAUGAGCUCGAGGGCCUCCUCGGCGCUCUGGAUAUCGGGAGCAACACCACCCUCGUCACCGACGUUGCCAGCGGACUGGCCGUACUUCUUCUUGGCGAGGCCCUUGAGCUUCUGGUACACCUCAGCACCCUGGCGCAUGGCCUCGGAGAAAGAGGGGGCGGCAGAAGGAACGAUCAUGAACUCUUGGAAGGCAAGACGGCCACCGGCGUGGGAACUAUCGAGGGAUGUCAGCACAUGUUUGAUAACGCAUGAUAGCGGCCAGCAGAGCAACUUACCCGCCGUUGAGGACGUUCAUGAAGGGAACGGGGAGGACAUAGGGCUUCUUGGUGCCGGCAAGGUCGGAGACGUGAGCGUAGAGAGGGACACCCUUCUCGGCAGCACCGGCCUUGGCGACAGCCAAACUGACACCGAGAAUGGCGUUGGCACCGAGCUUGGUCUUGUUGGGGGUACCGUCGAGCUUGAGGAGGAACUCGUCGACCUUGCUCUGGUCCUUGACGUCAAUCUUCUCCUUGAUGAGCGCGGGGCCAAUGACCUCGUUGACGUUCUUGACGGCCUGGAGAACACCCUUGCCAGCCCAGUGGGUCUUGUCGCCGUCACGGAGCUCGCAAGCCUCGUGCUGACCUAUAUUCCACCGUGUCUGUCAGAUAUGGCUUUUCCUCGACGGGGGUUUUGGGUAAGACGAACCGGUGGAGGCACCAGAUGGCACGAUGGCGCGGGCGAGGCCAGUCUCCUCGGUCACGACAUCGACCUCGACGGUGGGGUUGCCACGAGAGUCGUAGACGUAACGAGCGUGAACCUUGGUGAUACCCAUUGUGGAUGAUUUUCUGAUGGGAGAUGGUCAGUUAUCUGUUGGCUAUGGGGUCUGCCGGAGUACGGGAGCGGUCAAGGACGGACUUGUGGUAGGUGAAAAGUAAGGCUGGCGGAUGGCGGGAAAGGGAAUGUUUGGAGGGAAGGAGGAAAGGUUGAAGAAUUGUUGACGUGUUGGUUGGUAUCAAGGUCCCAAAAGUCGCUCAAUUGCAAGCUAGGACAGACCAGGUUCGUGGAAUAUCCCGCAAGACUGGGUGGUUCGUCACCCAACGCGCGAAUCCACGGGAGCUGGAUGGUGGCAGAGCUUGAGGUGCCACGGCGUGGAGGUGAUAUGGGACGACAAAACAGGACAGGAGGCCAUCGGAUGAUGCCCUGGACAUACGUACCUGAGGUUUGAUGGACUAAUGAGUGGUGGAAGGUCUCUCGAUGUUGUAAGACGAGGAUGGGAAGAGUGAAGAUGGAAGAGGGAAGAGAAUCAAGAUGAUGCACUCGGGGCUGGAGGUGGAAGCUUUUGGGUGAGCAGAGACAGAGGGGAGGGGCAGGUCGUCCGGUGGGGUGAUCCCUGGUCGAAGGUAGGUAGCGAGAACCCCCCUCUUGUUAGUGACUGCCAAGGGUUUGCCAUAUCGGAAGCACCUCGCAGGUCGAAGGCAGGAAAGCUCUCGGUGUGUACCGUCUACAUGCUAUACCAUCCCUGCCCUAAUGCCCAACCAAUGUCAAUUGCCAACCAUGGGGUUGCAUGUGGGCGGAUCGAGUGGCCGAGAGGACGGUUGUCUCUCGCCCGGUCAGGCCGUCCCAGUUCGGCGCAGGCGACUUCAAUUCUAUUCUGCUAAGAAUCCGUUGUCGGAGCUUCAUCCCUGACAGUCCGGUGGGAUGGCGUGGGGUGUUGAAUUGCAGACAGUCAAACAUCCUUUUCACAACAGUCACAGCUGGAGACCCCCACCCAAGCACAUGGAGGUCCCGUCGCCUUGCUGCAAAGUUUGCGGCGGCUUUGCACGGGCGAGUUGUCUGCUCGCAUCCGCCCCGGCCGAUGUCAACCUUUUUUUGAUAUUGAUGGAUAAGACGGUUGCCCCUCCAUGGCCAGACUGACAACUGGUUGAGCUACCCCGCAGCCCAAGUUUUAAGACGUCAACAAGUGGAUCACAGCACUGGCCAGGUCCACCCCAACAGAAGAAGAGCUCAGCUCUUGUCGAGAAGCUUCCAAAGACCCCUUGAAUCAAGAUCGAAGCAUUGAUAUGAAAGCUCUCCCAAGAAUGUAGCGAUGAGAAGGCUUUGGCACUCUGUCUUGAGCAAUUAUCCCAUGUAUGACAUUAUCACUUCACUAAGAGGGUUGGGGUGCUUUUCUCGAGUUCUGUCAUGAUUUUCAUUUCUGCGGUCAGCCACGGAACUCCGUACAAGUGUCCCGGAAGGUUACAGAGUAUCAUAUUGCUGGCGAGCUCCCGUGUGUUGUGCUCCUGAAGAAAAAAUCGUCCAGUGGGAUCCGAUCUACAACAAACAUCUGGCGGGAUCCGUCAACGCCAAUUUUCCCAACUAUAGCUAUUGGCAGACCAGAGGCAAAGAUCAACAGAUUAAACAAAUAUCUAACAGCCAUACCUAACAAAAAGCUAUCUGGAACAUAAUAGCUUCACCAUUACGUGCUCCCGUCUAACCAAGAGUUGAGAGAUGAAGUUGCUCCUGACCGCCUGCCUAAAAUGGUCUAAUAGCUUCUUGCGUGGUCAGUCAGCAGGAAGGGGCGGAAAAGGAGGCCUGUGCUCAGCCAGAUUGCCCGCCUUUACAGGCCACCAAGGUGCAUCAAUUUGGGAGUUUGCAGGAAAGAGCCUUCUGACGAGCACCGCACGUAAGGAAGGUGCGAUAGUUGGGCUCAUUGUACAUUAAAUUGUUGCUUUUCGUCUCUCCUUCACUCUCUUCUUUUCCAUCAUGUUCCGUUCUUGCGUUACAGCACGGCCAACAGCCAGCCAGGGAGCCCGGAGACAUCUAAGAUUUGCACCGUUGAGAAGAACAGCGCAGAGUUUUACUUCACGGUAUGCAACUGGAAGGUCGCCUCUAACGGGACCCGCUCCCCCUUCUAGGAAGUACUAAGGCCCAAGCGGAUUUGCUAAACCACCCCGCAGUCACUCAUCAUCACCCUCAUCAGUCUCAGUCUCACCACGGCGGUCUUACUCUGCCACUUCUACUGCUACUGCCACCCUCACUUCGAGAACAACAACUUCCACUUCUCAACGCCCUCUUUUGACCCAGCGAACAGCUCGCCUAGCAACUCGUCCACCAGUCCGGCACUGCUCAUACCGCCGUCACAACAUGUGCAGAACUCACGCCCAAGCCGAUGUGGCUAGUGGGGUCAAUGUGGCAGCUCGUGAGCUGCUCCCCACCAACGUCAUCCCACGGCACUAUCAUGUUACUCUCGAGCCCAACUUCAAGGACUUCACCUUCGACGGCACUGUCGUGAUUGACCUCGAUGUGGCCGAGGACUCCAAGUCCAUUUCCCUUCAUACCCUUGAGCUUGACGUGCACAGUGCCACUGUCAGCUCCGAGGGGCAGACUGUCAGCUCCUCGCCCAAGAUCUCAUACAAUGAGACCACCCAAGUCACCACCUUUGACUUUGACAAUGAAGUCCCCAAAGGCAAGAAGGCCCAGCUUGAGAUCAAGUUCACUGGUCAGCUGAACGACAAGAUGGCCGGUUUCUACCGUUCGACUUACAAGAAGGAGGACGGCUCCCAGGGUCUUCUUGCCGUCAGCCAGAUGGAACCUACCGAUGCUCGCCGCUCUUUCCCUUGCUUUGACGAGCCUUCACUCAAGGCCGAGUUCACAGUCACGCUCAUUGCCGACAAGAACUUGACCUGCCUCAGCAACAUGGAUGUUUCUGGCGAGACAGAGGUCCAGUCGAAGCAGACCAAUGCCGCCAAGAAGGCCGUCACCUUCAACAAGUCACCACUCAUGUCCACAUACCUUGUGGCUUUUGUUGUUGGUGAGCUGAACUACAUCGAGACCAACGAGUUCCGUGUCCCCGUCCGCGUGUAUGCUCCCCCUGGCCAAGAUAUUGAGCAUGGUCGCUUCUCACUCAACCUCGCUGCCAAGACUCUCGCGUUCUACGAGAAGGUCUUUGGCAUCGAGUUCCCCUUGCCCAAGAUGGACCAGAUCGCUAUCCCCGAUUUCGCCCAGGGCGCCAUGGAGAACUGGGGUCUGGUGACGUACCGUGUUGUCGAUUUGCUGCUGGAUGAAAAGGCCAGUGGCGCGGCGACCAAGGAGCGUGUUGCUGAGGUUGUUCAGCACGAGCUGGCUCACCAAUGGUUUGGUAACCUUGUCACUAUGGAUUGGUGGGAUGGCUUGUGGCUCAACGAGGGCUUCGCUACCUGGGCCUCAUGGUAUUCCUGCAACAUCUUCUACCCCGAGUGGAAGGUCUGGGAGACGUAUGUUGUCGACAACCUUCAGCGCGCCCUGUCUUUGGACUCCCUCCGCAGCAGUCACCCCAUUGAAGUGCCUGUCAAGCGAGCCGACGAGAUCAACCAGAUCUUCGAUGCCAUUUCUUACUCCAAGGGCUCUUGCGUCCUGCGCAUGAUCUCAACCUACCUUGGCGAAGAUACCUUCCUGGAGGGUGUCAGACGUUAUCUCAAGAAGCACGCCUACGGCAACACCCAGACCGGAGACCUCUGGGCGUCUCUUGCUGAGGCCAGCGGAAAGGGCGUCGAGGAUGUUAUGCAGGUGUGGACCAAGAACAUCGGCUACCCUGUUGUGACCGUCGAGGAGAAGGGCAACAACACCGUCAAGCUGAAGCAGAACCGCUUCUUGCGCACUGGCGACACCAAGCCCGAAGAGGACAGGGUCAUCUAUCCCGUCUUCUUGGGUCUCCGCACCAAGGAUGGUAUUGACGAGUCGCAAACUUUGAGCAAGCGUGAGGACACCUUCAAGGUGCCCAACAACGACUUUUUCAAGCUCAACGCCAACCACACCGGUCUGUACCGCACCUCUUACUCCCCUGAGCGCCUCGCCAAGCUUGGCGAGGCUGCCAAGAACGGUCUUCUCAGCGUGGAAGACCGCGCCGGUAUGAUUGCCGAUGCCGGCGCUUUGGCCACCUCUGGCUACCAAAAGACGUCUGGAGUCCUGAAUCUCCUCAAGGGAUUCGAGACCGAGACCGAGUUCGUUGUCUGGAACGAGAUCAUUGGUCGUGUUGCCUCAGUUCAGAGUGCCUGGAUGUUCGAGGACAAGGCUGUCCGCGACGGCCUAGAGGCUUUCCUGCGCGAACUUGUUAGUGCUAAGGCGCACCAACUUGGCUGGGAAUUCUCCGAGAAGGAUGGUCAUAUUGAGCAGCAGUUCAAGGCUAUGCUCUUCGGAAGUGCUGGUCUGUCCGGAGACCAGAAGAUCAUCGAUACGGCCAAGGAGAUGUUCAAGAAGUACAUGGCCGGUGACCGGUCUGCUGUGCACCCCAACAUUAGGGGCAGCGUCUUUAGUAUGGCGCUGAAGCAUGGUGGCAAGGAGGAGUACGACGCCGUCCUCGACUUCUACCGCAAGUCCACCAACAGUGAUGAGCGCAACACUGCCCUGCGCUGCCUCGGCCGUGCCAAGGAUCCCGAGCUGAUCAAGAGAACUUUGGAUCUCCUGUUCAGCGGUGAGGUCAAGGACCAGGAUAUCUACAUGCCGACUGCUGGUCUGCGUAGCCAUCCCGAGGGUAUCGAGGCCUUGUAUGAGUGGAUGACGCAGAACUGGGAGAAGCUUGUCGAGAAGCUCCCUCCUGCGCUGUCUAUGCUCGGUACCAUGGUGACUAUCUUCACGUCUAGCUUCACGAAGAAGGAGCAGCUUGCCAAGGUUGAGCAGUUCUUCGCUGACAAGAGCACCAACGGAUUCGAUCAGUCUCUUGCGCAGAGCCUGGACGCCAUUCGCUCCAAGAUCUCCUGGGUCGAGCGCGACCGUGAGGAUGUCGCUUCUUGGGUGAAGGAGAACACGAAGAGUUCGUAA